CGGGGAGCAGAGCCUCGGAGCCGCCAUGGCGUGCGGGCCGUGCCGCGGUGUGCUGGACUACAAGACGGCGAAGUUUGCGGUGACGCGGAACUGGCGGGUCGGGCUGCUGCACCGCCUGCUGCAGCUCGGUGCGCUGGGCUACCUGCUCGGGUGGGUGCUGCUGGUGCGGAAGGGCUACCAGGACACCGACCGAGCCCCCCGCGCUGCCGUCUUCACCAAGCUGAAGGGGGCGGCGGCCGCCGAGGUGCGGGGCUCUGGCCGGCGGCUGUGGGACGCGGCGGACUACGCCCGGCCCCCGCAGGGAGGAAACGUGCUUUUCCUGGUGACCAAUUUCAUCGCUACUGCCGGGCAAGCGCAGGGCACCUGCCCCGAGAGCCCCUCUGUUCCUGCUGGGAUGUGCACAGAAGAUGCAGACUGUCCCAUGGGAGAGCCAGUGGUUCAUGGCAAUGGGAUAAAAACUGGGAAAUGUGUCAUGUUCAACACCACACAUUCCACCUGUGAGAUCUAUGGCUGGUGUCCCGUGGAGAACAACACCCUGUCCAGGAAACCUCUUCUGGCUGAGGCGGAGAAUUUCACUCUUUUCAUAAGAAAUACUGUCCACUUCACCAAAUUCAACUUCUCCAGGUGCAAUGCUCUGCAGACCAAUGACCCUUACUAUUUCAAGAGCUGCACGUAUGACCCAUCCCUCAGCCCCUCCUGCCCCAUCUUCCGUGUGCGUGACAUGGUGGAGGCAGCUGGAGAGACCUUUGAAGACCUCGCACUGCUGGGAGGGAGCAUCGGAGUUCGCAUUGAAUGGGACUGUGACCUGGAUCGCCCUGCAGCUCACUGCCAGCCUCAGUACUCCUUCAGCUUGCAGGACAGGAGGUACAAUUUCAGAACUGCCUCCUACUACUGGGACUCCCAGCGACGGCUCUACCGGACCCUGCUCAAGCUCUACGGGAUCCGCUUUGACAUCUCCGUGCACGGGCAGGCUGGGAAGUUCAGCAUAAUUCCUGCUGCUGUGAGCUUUGGCACUGGCAUUGCAUUCUUUGGUGCUGCCACGGUGGUCUGUGACCUAGUUCUGCUCUACCUGGAUGCAAAGGCUGACUUCUAUUGGAAGGAGAAGUUUGAGGAGGCAAAACCCCCCAAAGGUAAGAGUGAAGCUGCAGCUUAGGGCCAUCGGGGACACUCCACCAGGCACCCUGUGCUCCAGAGCACCCUGGGGUAGAUGUGAUGGGGACACAGCUGCAGGCUGGGUGCAGGAGGCCCUGACCAGCACUGGUGUGUGUGUG